CCUCUGCUGUGCUGGGUAUGGAGUAUAGUGUUGAAAGACCGAGGAAGGAAGAAACAGUGAUGGAAGAGGCAGAGGAGGAGCAACGUCGUCGUUUAAAGCUCGAAGAGGCCCUUGAAAUCCAAUCCCUCAGACGCAUCAUUAGUGCUUACCUCAACUAUCCGGAUGCUGCAGAAGAGGAUGUUAGAAGAUAUGAGAGGUCUUAUAGGAAGCUUCCACCUGCCCAUCAGGCUUUGUUAUCCCACUAUCCUCAAAAGUUCCAAAGAUUACGCUGGUGUAUCUCAAUGAAUUCUCGUUUCAUAUUCAGCAUGCUUCAGGCAUUCGAACCUCCACUAGAUAUGAGCCAGGACGUAGAAUUUAGUGAAGAUCCACAUCCUGAAUUGGCUCAAAAAGAUCAUUUAGAUUCUGAAGGGAUUAAUGCCUAUUCAUGUGAGUCAGCCCCUCUGAGAAUAACAUGUUCUGUAGCUGAUCAACAUGGUUGUGUGGAAGGUAGCAAUCAUGCAUGCAGAUCACAUGCACUGGCACAUCCCAAUGAGGAGGUGGAUGUUGAGAGUUGCCACCAGUCAAAUACUGGGAGCCAUUCUCCAAGCUUGAUACAUACUAAAGAGACUAGUGAAUGUUUUGGAGGUCCUAUUUCUGGUUCCAAUGGCAAUGUGCCGGACGCCUCAUCACAGCAACAAUGGCUGGAUCCAUCUCUUCAAUUGAAUGUUCCAUUAGUUGAUGUAGAUAAGGUGAGAUGUAUAAUAAGGAACAUAGUUAGGGACUGGGCAACAGAGGGUAAAAGAGAACGAGAUCAGUGCUACACCCCAAUACUUGAAGAGCUUAAUAUGUUAUUCCCUAAUCGCAGUAAAGAGAGUCCCCCUACAUGUUUAGUUCCCGGUGCUGGACUUGGUCGGCUGGCCUUGGAGAUUUCAUGUCUUGCAUACUUAUUUGUUUUGAAAUCACAAAGUGAUAAUUGCUAUUCUGAUUUUUGGGUCUUUUCUCGUUUGGGUUCUCAAUCAAUUGGCUUGAUGGAACAUUUAAGAUCCCAAACUUUUGGUGAGUGGACAAUUUAUCCAUGGAUUCACAGCAAUUGCAAUUCAUUAUCAGACAAUGAUCAACUUCGUCCUGUUUCAAUACCAGAUAUUCAUCCAGCCAGUGCAGGAAUUACUGAAGGCUUUUCUAUGUGCGGAGGUGACUUUGUUGAAGUCUACAGUGAUUCGAGCCAAAUUGGUGCAUGGGAUGCAGUUGUGACUUGUUUCUUUAUAGAUACUGCACAUAAUGUUGUUGAGUACAUCGAAAUAAUUUCAAAAAUUUUGAAAGAUGGGGGAGUUUGGAUAAAUUUGGGACCUUUACUUUAUCACUUUGCAGAUAUGUAUGGACAGGAAGAUGAAAUGUCCAUUGAAUUGAGUUUGGAAGAUGUUAAAAGGGUAGCAUUUCAUUAUGGAUUUGAAUUAGAGAAAGAAAGGAUUAUUGAGACAACUUACACCACAAAUCCUAGAUCAAUGAUGCAAAAUCGUUACUUUGCUGCGUUUUGGACAAUGAGAAAAAAAUCUGCUGCAGUGCAGCAGCAAGUGCCCUGAGAAUGGGAGAUUAAAUUAUAGUGAUAUAAAGUACAAACUAGCUCUCUUUCACUUGGUCAGGCCUUGUAAUUUUCCUUGCUGGAGUGCAGAAUUUUCCUGAAUUCAUGAAAUCCUGACAAUUUUCCAUCAUUAGGAGGUUGAAUUUGCAUUUGGCUUUAAAUUCCAUAUAAAUGAUUUUGAUAAUCAGAUGCUUGCUAACUAUGCUAUCUUGGAUACUCUACGAGAAAGGUUGAGUGUGGGUUGAAGGUUGAACAGUCCCUUGCAGGACGGAAAAAGCAUUAUUACGUCUCAUGCACGUGAUUUUUACUCUUUUGCAGUUUUCUGAGUUUUGAAAGUGCUUGGAUGGUGAAUUUUAAAUGAGGGAAUUUUUUUUUUUUUGAUGAAUGUAAAACGUUGUCGUGAAAUAUUUAUCUGUAGACUGAGAAACUGCAAAGUCAAAAACACGUGCUCAA